AUAUCUCCUGCUGUAAAAUGUAUAAAUAUUAAAUAAGAACAAUGCUUGAUCUGCAGCUAUUUCUUGAACACAAGUAGAUACCAGCGCAGAUUGUAAUAGUGACCACUAGGUGGCGCUCCCCGCAUACAUCCCACUCGAAUCUACCCACGGCUAUAGAAUUGAGAUGCUGAAAUCGUUUGUUCGUCUUUACAUCUCCUUUCGAGUGCAUUAGUGUCGCUACAGUCAUUGAUAAAUAAAUAUAUUCGCUCGGCAUAUGAUGCUUACGGCGCCUGGAAAAAUGCAGCGCAUAAAAAUGAAUGAAUGAAUGAAUGAACGAGGCAAGUGAUGCUGCGCGCUGACAGCCGGGGAUAUUUCUGAAAGCAUUUUUGUUACAAGAACGGUUCGGAGUUAAGAUGUUCCCGUCGUGCUGUUCUAAGACCAAGAAUGGGUCUCAGUUUAAGAUGUCUUACACCAAAGUGAUUGUUGGUGUGCUGGUGGUGUACGUCGUCCAUACGUGCUGGGCCAUAUACGGCUUCAUUCACACCAAACCCUGUGACAGCUCCAAAGGAGACAGCUGCGUUACAUCUUAUCUUACCAUCAAACCUCGACUCCAGCUCAGCAUCUAUUCCGCCCUGGAUCCCAAUGAUGAAUCUGGAUACAUCCUUCUUUUCAAAGUCGACAGAUUUGACAUAAAUACUAGGUUUGACAAAAAGGUGAUUGUCACCCUUCCUGUGGGGACUCAUAAUAACCGGACACUCCAUGCAGUCGUGUUUAUACACAAGAGCGGAGUGACACCCUGGAAAGACAACAGGCAUAUGCGGCUUGUGGAUCGUCUCACAUCUCAGAUCAUCCCUCUUCAACUGGAGACCACCACGACCAAACAAACCCAAGAGACAUCAGAGGAGCACAAGCUUGUUUUAUACUGGAAAUCAUGUCUUAGACUGAACAUAAUGAAUGAGGAUUUCAUCUUCAGCAAUGCUGGGGUUCCCAGCGACCUGAGGCGGUAUAUGAAAAUAAUUGAAGAUGGAAAAAGAGAAAAAAAGAAAUUGUAUCUGCCUCUAUUACUGGUCGAUGAACUGAGGAGCCGAUUAAAAGACUUAAUCGAGAUAAACAGGACCACAAAAGAGUUGCCACUGACUGUAUCAUAUGAUACUAUAACCUUAUGCAAAUUCAGAAUAUGGAUCCACAUACAGGCUGUCAUCUAUUCACUCAAACAUUUUGGAUUUUCAGAGCAGAGCCUGGAUGAAAUCAAAGCCAUGUUUGUUGAGAACGGUCUGCAUGUCUUGGCUCUGUCCGUCCUCGUGCCUGCCUUCCAUCUCUCGUUUGAAGUCUUUGCCUUUAAGAAUGACAUAAGGUUCUGGAGAGACAGGAAGAACUUAGCAGGCCUUUCCAGGAGAUCAGUGCUGUGGAGAUGUUUUAGCACCAUCGUAAUUUUCCUCCAUCUACUAGAAGAGCAAUCUAGCUGGUUAAUUCUGCUCCCCACUGGGAUAGCAGCUCUGAUUGAGUUAUGGAAGGUGAAUAAGGUCAUAGAACUUUCACCCAAAUUUCAUGAUGAAAGACUGGAUGAUUUCGAGCGAGCAACAGAAGAGUAUGAUUCCAAGGCUAUGAAAUUCUUGUCAUAUCUGAUGUAUCCGCUGUGUAUCAGUGGCGCUAUAUACUCAUACUUAUAUCUCCAAAAUAAAAGUUGGUAUUCUUGGAUAACCAAUGGCCUUAUCAGUGGUGUUUAUGCCUUUGGAUUUCUGUCGAUGGUUCCUCAGCUGUUCAUUAAUUACAAGUUAAAAUCAGUGGCUCAUCUGCAGAUGUCCACUCUAAUGUAUAAGGGCUUGAAUACAUUCAUCAGUGAUGUGUUCAGUGGAAUAAUCACCACUCCUGGACCCCAUCAGCUGGCCUGUUUCAGAGAUGAUGUAGUCUUCCUCAUCUACCUAUAUCAGCGCAGUUUAUGAAGCAUUUAAAAACCUACCUUAAGGGGACAGAAUCCAACUGACUAAAAUCAGUCAUAAUUCACAUCCAGCCGUUUGACCUUGAAGAAUGUUUUCGGAUGCAAGUUGUGUUCCAUCUGUUUAUUUGACCGUCUCCAGGAUUUAUCCUAUGAGCAAGUCCAGGUCACGUGAUUACGGGUCUGCACACAGGAGGAAAGCGAAAGGAAAGUCACACGAGGACUAAGCAGCUGCAACUUUCUCUGAGAGCUUGUGCUCUUUAUGCAUGUGAUUCAGGAGAAAUGCUGAGAACACUUACGGCCAAAGCCCUUUACUGUUUUCAUAUAACAAUCCUGCCUUAUGCUGUAAGAUUUGACAGAGCUAGGACUCGUAAAGUAAGUUUUACUGCAGCAACUCACAGCUGAAGCAAAUAAUUUGUGUUUUAGACAAAAUCGUGUAAUGUGUCAUGACUCAGGCCUGUCCACCAGACAGUAAUAUAAGCUCCAAUUGAAAUUACAGCUACACCCACCAAAUGCUAAGAACGAAAUGACAAUACCAGUCAUUAUUUACUUAACCAACUCGGUAUUAGAGGAUGUAUGAACCCAGAGAAAAAAAUGUUUGUAAUGAUCAGCCCAGGAUUUAGACUUGAGCUUCUUUAAGGCUAAAAUACACUACAAGAUUUUUGCUCAGAUUUUAUCCAUAUUUUAAAUCUGGACUUGUUGCAGAAAGUCUGUACCAGUCUGCAGAUUUGAUCAGUUUGUGUGUUUCUAUCUGAAACUUUCAAAAAGUCUGCAAGAGUAUGAGGUCUAGUUUAAUAAAAAAAAAUGUGUUCAGAUUUUAAAAGUCUUGUAGUGUAUUCCAGCCAUUAGUCUUUGGCAGGGAAAUUUGCCAUGUGCAGAGUUCAACGUAUUUUUGCUGCUUUGCAUUGGUUGAACCACUUUAUAUGCAGAAGUUUUUGCAUAAGUCCCAUGUAUUCAGCAGCAGUAUGAACUUUCAGGAAAUGUAUUUGGGUGCUGAUAUGAUUGCUGAUAUGGCUUCAGGUAAUGAUAUUUAUUGCUUUAUUUAUUGAUGACCCUGACUUUGAAACCCAGGUCUGGGCAACACGUUCAAUUUCAAGCAUGAAUUUCACUACAAUUUUAUUCUUACAAAUGGCUUUACUUAGUCAAUCAAUAUAUUUUUCACAAAAUGUGCUUUACAUUAUGUAGGAUGUUUUAUGUAACCGUCAGUCACAAAAAUGAGUUUAGCCGGGUUUUCACAGGCAGGGUUAUGAUUAUAAUUUUGUCAUGUGCAUUAUUUGGUGCUGUUUAUUAUGAAAGUAUUAAAUCAUAAACUAUGAGAAUAGGCUGAAUGUCAAAUCGGUGAUUUUGUAAAAAUGUAUAUAAUGCAUAUGUAUAUACCGUAACUUGGCUAUGUGUAUGAAAUACGGUUUCAUUUAUCUGAAAUACUUUUAAAUAAAG